AUGGUUUUAGGUGGAUACUUUCCAAAACCCUAUGAUGAUCCAGUUAAUGUGUGGGAAGAUGAGUCAAUCUCUUUCAAUCCACUGGAAAACGACUAUGUUGCUGGCGACAAUGCGAGCCUCCUCGGUUUCUCACAACCAAGUCAUGGUUCUCUUCUGAGAGAUGGAAACCUCCUUAGAUACACGCCAAUAAAGGAUCUUUCGGGGAAUGACUCCUUUCUUUAUACAAUAGUUGAUAUCAAUGGGAACUUAGCGGCAGCUACAGUACACAUCUUUAUUUUUACUGCUCCUCCUCAUGGCUUCUCUGGUCUGGAGAUAAGCUACUCAGACCUGAUGGAGAACAUUUCAGUAACGGUACAAGCACUUUCAGGUUCGGUCAUUCUGUCUCCUAUGCUGAUGCAGUUUAGGCAGCCUGCAAGUGGAAGACUUUCAGUUUGCAAUGGAGGUGAAGAUGGAAGGCUCUUGAUCUUAGAAGGACAAAUAGGUGUUAUCAAUCCCGCUCUUCAGUCCAUUCAAUAUCUUGGAAACGAGAAUUUUGCUGGAGUUGAUUCUCUUCGGCUGUCCACAAGGAACAAGAAUGGGAUCAAUCAACUGGAUGUUCCGGUUUUCGUUGAACCGGUCAAUGAUCGACCGUCUAUUGACGUUCCUCAGUAUAUAAUGCUGGAGAGUAAUGGGGAUGAUUCGCUCAUCUUUUACAGGGAAACAGACAAAUUCAACUUCUCAGUUGGAGAUCCAAAUCUUGCUAAUUUUCCCGGUGGAGAUUCUCUUUUCUUAGUAACGUUUUCUGUGGAAGUCACUGACGGGUUUCUGCUGGCUAACUUGCCGUCUGAGCUUAUAAACUCAACAGAGCUAAAGCUCAGAAACGUAUUCCAAUGGCAGCCUAUUCAGACUUAUACCGCCAUUUCUAAACAAGGGAAUGUCAAAGCAAGUGGGAUCAGGUUUCGUGGAACUAUGCUGCAAUGCAACGACCUCAUGCAACAUCUGCUCCAUCACGGAAGAGAGAACGGAGCGGUCUUGACCCUGAAACUGAGUGAUAUGAGGAACUACGGGUGCUUCCUUGACUACACCGAGAGAAUUUCACUGCCUCUACACGCGAAGGCUCACGUAAACCUCAUCAGAAAGAGACCCUUGAGUUCCCUUGCAGCUCACGUUCUUGGAUCUGUGAUUGUGGUGGAGUCCCUCAUUGUAUUCUCCCUCGCUACUGUGCUUCUGUUCUUCACUUGCAAAUGUGCAUUCCUACUCGUACACGAGAAAAGAAACGAGCAGAAGAAUUCGCAGAAACCGACGGACAAUGCCCAAGUGUUAAACGACAAUGUCUCAACAAGAACAAUCACAGGUUGUCUCCCGGAGAGUAUUUGGAAUUGCCAUCCGCUGCAGAGACAAGUUGGUCAAACUUCUGGCGAGCAUAAUCCGUCUCCAGAGAUUAACAUUUCGCCGUAA